GGCAACGCCGCGCUGCUCUCGGAGAGGUCACUCCGGAGACGGCGUUGGUUUUUGGGGUGUGGGGUCCGCGGCGCUAUGUGGCGCGUCUGUGCGCGACGGGCCCGGAAUGCGGCCCCAAGGGCAGGAUUCGGAACUCGGUGGACGGCCUUGCGGGAGGAGCCCGGAGCUCCGUGCGUGACCCCGCGGGCUGGCUUGGCUCCGGCUCGUUGCAACAGCGCGACCACCAGGUAUGGCAGGGUCCGGGCACUCUGCGGUUGGAGCCCCAGCUCGUGGGCCACAUCGCGGAAUCGCGUCCUGCUGCAGCUUUGGGGACCGCCUGGCCGCCGCUGGUAUAGUCUCCCCCCUCAUCAGAAGGUUCCAUUGCCCUCUCUUUCCCCCACAAUGCAGGCAGGCACCAUAGCCCGUUGGGAAAAAAAGGAAGGGGAAAAAAUCAAUGAGGGUGAACUAAUUGCAGAGGUUGAAACUGAUAAAGCUACUGUUGGAUUUGAGAGCCUGGAGGAGUGUUACAUGGCAAAGAUACUUGUUGCUGAAGGUACUAGAGAUGUUCCAGUUGGAGCAAUCAUCUGUAUCACGGUUGAGAAGCCUGAAGAUAUUGACGCCUUUAAAAAUUAUACAUUGGAUGCUUCGGCAGUGCCUACCCCACAAGCAGCCCCAGCACCAACCCCUGCUGCCGCUCCUCCACCACCUACACCUUCUGCUCAGGCUCCUGGUAGCUCAUAUCCCCCUCACAUGCAGGUGCUUCUUCCUGCCCUCUCUCCCACUAUGACCAUGGGUACAGUUCAGAGAUGGGAAAAAAAAGUGGGAGAGAAGCUAAAUGAAGGAGACUUAUUGGCAGAGAUAGAGACUGACAAGGCCACUAUAGGUUUUGAGGUACAGGAAGAAGGUUACCUGGCAAAAAUCCUGGUCCCUGAAGGCACGAGAGAUGUCCCUCUAGGAGCCCCGCUCUGCAUCAUUGUAGAAAAAGAGGCAGAUAUACCAGCAUUUGCUGACUAUCGGCCAACUGAAGUCACUGAUUUAAAGCCACCAGCACCGCCACCUACCCCGCCCCUGGCAGCCCCUGUUCCUCCAGCUCUCCAGCCUGCAGCCCCUACACCCGCAGCCCCUCGCCCAGCUGCUCCUGCUGGACCCAAGGGAAGGUUGUUCGUUAGUCCUCUUGCAAAGAAGUUGGCAGCAGAGAAAGGAAUUGACCUUACGCAAGUUAAGGGGACAGGACCAGAAGGCAGAAUCAUCAAAAAGGACAUCGACUCCUUUGUGCCUGCGAAAGCUGCUCCUGCUCCAGCAGCUGCCGUGCCUCCCCCGGGGCCGGGAGUGGCACCGGUUCCUGCAGGUGUCUUCACGGAUGUCCCAAUCAGCAACAUUCGCCGAGUUAUUGCACAGCGGUUAAUGCAGUCUAAGCAAACCAUACCUCAUUAUUACCUUUCUAUCGAUGUAAAUAUGGGAGAAGUUUUGUUGCUACGGAAAGAACUUAAUAAGAUGUUAGAAGGGAGAAGCAAAAUUUCUGUCAAUGACUUCAUUAUAAAAGCUUCGGCUCUGGCAUGUUUAAAAGUUCCUGAGGCAAAUUCUUCAUGGCUGGACACCGUUAUAAGACAAAACCAUGUUGUUGAUGUCAGCGUUGCAGUCAGUACUCCUGCGGGACUCAUCACACCCAUUGUAUUUAAUGCACAUAUAAAAGGACUGGAAACUAUUGCUAACGAUGUUGUUUCUUUAGCAACCAAAGCCCGAGAGGGUAAACUACAGCCACAUGAGUUCCAGGUAAGGUAUUACUUAUAUACCUUCUGAAUAUUAUUGUGUUAC